UUCGGGGUAACGUGUUUUCCAUUUUUUUGGCCCAACUCCUUGUGGGCAUCAAUACUCCGAAUUCUGUUACCUUCUCUCUCUCUGUCUCUCUCUCUCUCUCUCUCUCAACAAUACAUAUACGUCCACGCUAUGGCAAACCCUGGUUUACCAAUUGGGUACGUGUUUUCCCCUUCGGGAGAAGAUUCUAUGGAGUAUUUGAAGAGGAAGAUACUGAAUCAAGUGCUGCCUUCAGAUGUUAUUCCUACAGCGGAUGUUUACUCCUGCGCCGACCCUCGUCAAAUCCCUCUCAGUGAAUUUAAACAUGGGCCGAAUAAUGAAUGGCAGUUUUUCUCGACCAAACGGGAGGGAAAUCUCAUAAAAACAACUAAUGGGCAUUGGGAAGAAAAUGGAGAGGAGGACGAAAUAGAAGACGGCAAUGGUGGGAGCAUUGGCUUCGUGAGAAUACUCGAUUUCCACUAUUCGAACCCGAAAGAUGCAGAGAAGGGGGAGGAGUGGCACAUACAGGAAUAUAGGGUCAGCCCCGCUUAUUUUACAGCUGAUGAGCUUGUUGAUGACAAUGUCAAAGAAAAGAUAUCAAAUUUCGUUCUCUGUAAGAUUGUUUGCGAAGAACAAAUUCCUACCCCCAAGCCACCAACUAAUAGCAGCUCAGAUGAUGAAGAAUAAGACAAUGAAGUAGUUGAUGGGGGGAAUCCAUGAUCCUUUCAUAACCUAGUUAUAGUUGAGAUGCGUGUAACCUGGUUAUAGUCAAGAUAAAAGAGAGGGAGGUAGAGUUUAGAUAAGUCUUUUGUUCUAACUGCAAACUGUACAGCCUCUUGCUGACAGGCGUUCUUUAUAGUUGUUUCUUUGUUCUAGUUUUUCAGCAUGUUUAGAGAGAUAAAAUAUCAAGGUUUUGAACUUCAAAGCAUUAAUUCAGUUGGAAUCUAUUCUUUGUUU